AAGACAGACAGCAUACAUCACAUCUCAGAGGUUCGGCUCAAUGUCGAUCAAAUCUCGAUGUCGUCCGUACCUCCUCUACUCGACUGGAAAGAUUUUCGAGCACUUCGGUUAAGUUAUCUUGUUUAUUGAUCACACGGCCCGAUCCUUCCACCGUCAGCGGGUCAUUGAAUCGAAGGUGGAAUAAGUUGUGACACGAGGAUGCUUGCACUGUCAAAGACGCGCCGCCCGUCGGUCCAAUAGAUCCGGCCGUGUGAUACACGAGUGUACACCGCAUGCGAUAGUGCUUGUGAUUUCAAGGUCUGUCAAUUGGACAAAUGUUUCAAGUCUGUAUAGUCAGGAAGAUCCUCCCUUGGACAAACGCGAGCCAAUCUUUCACCGUCGUACUCGCGCCUCUUAUUCCACUUGAUCGACACUGACUCAGGUGGUGGGCUCCGUGCCCUGGAUUUCCUUCACUGCCUUUUUAGUACGGGCCAAUGACCUCCAUUGCACUCAUCACAAAAUGACUUCGUCCUCGAAGCUCUCGUGAACCGAGCCCGCUUUGCCCACACUUUCACUGACUAUACGCUCUAACAGAGUAAUUGUAUCAUUCCAGUAACGCAGUACACCGUAGUCGAAACAGGCGGAAUACGUUGCGAAAGACCGACACCGACGCAGGUGAAGCAAAUGAUUUCGCGCCAAACGAAUGGCAGAUGUGAGGGCUGCAUCCGGUUCUGUGGACCUUCGAAGAAAACACCACACCCGGCGAAAGGACUCGGCUCGCAGAACGGGUGGAAGUGGUGUCAAUGUAGAAGCGAAGGGGAGACGAAGUGAUGACGUAGCCGGCCUUGAGGGCAUUGUGAACGAUGGGAACGGAUGAGGAAAUUCUCGAGUAGAAAGGGAGCUCGAUUUGGAAGAAAUGGGCACUUGCAGAUGUUCAUUUUGCCCGUGUGAUAGGAUAAGAUGCAUCCAAGCGUUGUUGCGCUCUUGAUCCACAAGUAUGGCGGUCCGAAGAGUAUGCACAGCGAGAAGCGGUUCCCCUAGCAGUAACGAGUGCGAGAUCAUAGUCUUG